GUUAUUAAUGUUCGUUAUAAUAUUAUAGUUUGAUGAUUAAACUUUUCAACGUUUGUGAACAUAUUUCAAGUUGAAUAUGGAUAAACUGACGUUAAUAUCAGGCACUUUGUUCAUGGCUGCUGAUGUUUUUGCCAUAGUUAGCCUAGCUAUGCCUGACUGGAUUAUCACUGAUGUUGGAGGUGACACAAGAUUAGGCCUGAUGUGGACGUGCAUGACGUUAUACAACCGACCCCAAAUCUGUUUCACACCCGAUCUCCAGCCUGAGUGGCUAUUGGCUUUGGUCUGCAUCUUUGUUGGCUGUAUUUGCAUCACAACAACCAUAAUUCUGUUAGCCUCUUCACACUGGGAUAGGAAUGUCAUCCCCUAUGCUCGCUGGGUCGGAUUCACUGCAAUGGUGCUGUUCUGCCUGGCCGCAGUGAUAUUCCCCAUGGGUUUCCAUGUAGAUGAGAUUGGUGGUCAGCCGUACCAACUGCCCAACAGUCACCAAGUUGGAGUCUCCUACAUCCUGUUUGUUUUGUCCCUCUGGAUCACAGUUAUCUCGGAACUGUUCGCUGGGAAAGUUUGCUUACCUCAUUUCUAAGCACUCUGUAAGGUUAUGGGAUGAACACAUUGUAAAUAUUUACUAAGAUCUGUGAACAAGAUUAGGGUUAAAGGUGCUGAAGUGGUGUAAUAUAUAAGAUACUGGCAUUAACCUUAUCUUUAGAUUUGGAUUUUUAUUUGUACUUAGUAGGCAAUGGAUAGCUGAAAGGUUACCAAUCAAAACAUAAAGCACAACAACAUAACAAAUCAAAAGGCCUCAAAUCCAAUUCUGUUUGAGAUAAGCCAUUAGCUUUUGUAUGGUUAGUAGGUGAGCCAUCUGUCCUUAAUUGGGCGUUUGGUAUUUGCUAAAGAAAUAUCUGAUUACACUGGGCUGAUGUAGUAUUUUAAAGUAUCUGAAUGCAUGUUAUGAAUGGAGUGAGAUCUAUUACCUAUACUGUCCUAAAUUAGCUUUUAUUUUAGCUAGGAUCAUUUAAUAAAAGCCCACGGAACAAAGAACAAAACUAAACUAAUAGUACGAAUUUAACCUUGAACCUUCUAAAAGUGUCAUACAGUAGUUGUUAUCCAUAUAUAAUUCUUUUAAACUAAACCUAGAGAUGGCCUAUGACUGGAGCAGUCUUAGGCUGGUUUUAUGCAUGGUUACAGUGGCUGGACAUUUCAAGUUCUGUUGAGUGAAAAGGCAUUUAUGGCGGCAGGAAAAAUGUCACAAAUGUAACGUUGCAUUCUCUAAACACUGACAGCAGAUUUUGGAAACGCCUCUGCAAAAAGUUUAGCUUGUUCCUUAAUAUUUUGAAUCAAACUGGUGUGUUUGUGCACAGCGGCAGUCAUAUUUUCCAUACUCUAUGUAGUAUUUUCUCCAUUUUGUUUUUCACUGUAGUUAAUUAUGAAAUAUUGAAUGGUUUUUGUUUUUACCAAUAUUUUAAUUUAAAAUGUAUACAACACGAUAAGGUCCAUAGUUUAAUGUGUAAAACUACAGUCAUAUUAUAUUGUAAUCAUUUUCUGAGCACACGACCCCCCCCCCCUCCAACACUUGUGAGAUUUAAGCACCAAAUAAAAUGUCGCUGCUCAGUUAGGGGUGUGCGAUGCAUCGAAAUUUCGAUUCCAUGCAUCGAAUCACGAUUUGAUUCAGUGGUGAUAAAAAAAACGAUUCGAUUCAUGAGGGAGUCACUAUGCCUAUACGAAAAACACCUGCAGAAAGUCAACACAAUACCUGCAAUACAGGAGCGCGUUCUUUUUGCGUUUCCUUUGCGAAGGCAUUCUUAUUUAACUAAUUCUUUGCUUGUCAAUAUUGCUUUAAUUAUUUUAUCAUUUUUUGUUUUGACAUUGCAAAUGAUAAGAAGUUUUGUGAAGUAGUGUGAGAAAUACUUUAGCACUGUAAACAUAGCCAAAACAAGUCACUACAAAAUCAUUAACACAAGUCUUAAAAAUUGGCACUUGAUACUUAACUAGUAAGAUUGAUAUUUUAGACUGAUAAAUUUGGUAUUGUUAUAGGUCUGAAGCUAUGUACACCUUGUUGUUUGUAGGUCUGAUUCUAUCCUCUCAUUUUAUCAAUGUAAACCAAUUGAAAGUUGCAGUAUAAAUCUUGCAAAUGUUUUUAUUUGUUUACACACCAAAACAUAUCUUUAUUAGUAAAAUCAUUAUUAUAAAAUAGGUAACAUGAACAAUAUGAUUCUGCAAGUAAAAAUUAUGAAAUAGGCAAGUAAAGCAGCUCAUUGAUAUUUCCAGCAAUACAGGUUCUUCUAAUAUGAUUAUACGAUUUUUUAACCUAAAAUUCAUAUGUGUCAUAUUUAUGAAAAGGCCUAAUACCACAUCAACAAAAAUUUGCAUUACACAAAUGUGGUAAAUUUUUAUUAGCCUAUUGUUAUUUCACUCCAUUGACAAGUAUGAAUAGAAAAAUGCCGUGUUGCUUCGAAUCGAGUUGCAUAAAUUCAAGUCGAAAAUCUUUUGAAUCAAAUCAAAAUUUUUUUGCUGCUUCGCACAACCCUACGUGCUCUGUGACUGAUUCGGUCAGUCGUCAUACGAGCAGUGGCUGCUGAUGUGCAUAAAACCAGUCUUAGCGAGCUCUAUCUAUUCAAUGCACUUUAGAUCCCUACCUUUCUUUGCUCUAUGUUUGAAAACAGAAUGUCAACAGUCUGUACCGGUACGUAAUACCUUUGACUAUUAAUACGGUAAUACUAUUAAAAGCUAUUUGUUAUGUAUUAUUUAGUUGUAAAAUAUGUUAUCAGACUUUACGUAGGUACUUGUGUAUUUUUAUAACUUGAACAUGACUAAGACAGUAUUAUCAGCAUUUGUAAUUUUACAAGCAAUAUUAUCAUUUAAUCUAUAGAUCUGACAAAGCUGUCACUGAUGUACUUAUCAAUGUAA